AUGCACAGCAAAGGAGAAACUAGUAGUUUGAAAACCGGCAUGAUUGAUUUCGUGGCCGGAUGUUUAGGAGGUGUCGCGCUCGUAUACGUCAGCCAGCCGAUGGAUACGGUGAAGGUGAAGAUGCAAACAUUCCCCGGGUUGUACAAGGGGUUCGUCAACUGUACGGUGCAAACAUUCAAGCGGGACGGUAUCGUGCGAGGCCUGUACGCCGGCACGCUCCCGGCGGUGGUAGCAAAUGUGGCAGAAAACUCAGUAUUAUUUGCUGCGUACGGUGCCUGCCAGCAGGUCGUCGGUAGCGCAAUGCACAAACCGUCCGUGGCGGAAUUGUCCACGCUGGAGAAUGCCACCGCCGGCUUUCUGGCCGCGUUCUUCUCCUCCUUCACGCUCUGCCCGACCGAGCUGAUCAAGUGCAAGCUGCAGGCGUUGCGCGAAACGGCCGGCAAUGAUGGGAAGCGUCGACCGACUAUAUCGUCGUACGCACUCGCGAGCCAGAUUCUGCGCACGGAAGGGAUCCCGGGCAUGUUCCGUGGGUUAACGUCGACGUUUGCACGCGAAAUGCCCGGUUACUUCUUUUUCUUUGGUGGGUAUGAGGCGACGCGGGAGUUCUUUACCCGCCCGGGACAGACGAAGGACGAUAUUGGGGCGCUGCGAACGAUGGUGGCUGGUGCGGUCGGUGGUGUGGCCCUGUGGACCGUUAUCUUCCCUGCGGAUGUCAUCAAGAGCCGGAUCCAGGUGUACAGUAUGCGGGCAAGCAUGACCCAGGUCGGGCUGGACAUUUUCCGCAAGGAGGGUGUGCUGGCUUUCUACAACGGACUGCUGCCCACGAUCGUGCGAACCAUUCCUGCCACGGCGGUACUGUUCGUGGUGUACGAGUAUACAAAGAAAACGUUAACGAAGCUGUUAGAGUAG